AUGGCCAUGGAGGCGCAGCACGAGCAGCAGCUGCUGCUGCUGCAGCAGCAACUCAAAGACGCGGAGGAAAACUACGGAGACACCGAACCCCGCGCCGUGGAGGCCUACAGAGUGGCCUACGCAAAGACUGUUGGGAUCGGAUCCCGGCUGGACUUGAUUUUGACUUUGCUGCGAACUGGAAUUGUCUACAAAGACAGAGACCUCGUCAAGAAGCAACUUUUCCUCGCCAAGCAAGAAAUGGAAAAGGGAGGGGACUGGGAGCGACGCAACAAAUUGAAAGUCAUCGAGGCCCUGGACUUCAUUCUUUCCAGAAACUUCACUGAGGCGUCGAAACUGCUGCUGGAGGUGCUGGCGACUUUCCCUUCUUGCGGAAUUAUUUCUUUUGAAACUUUUGUUUUUUAUGCUGCUUUGCUUGCGCUGCUUUGCUGCGACAGACAAACCCUAAAAGAGCAGGUGGUUUUCUCUCCAACGAUUGCUGAGGGCGCUGACAGUGACAUGAAAGGUCUUCUGGAUUCUUUCUACAACGCCAAGUACCGCGAGUUCAUGCAGUACCUAGUGCCCGUGGCGAAGCGCGUCAAACGCGACUUGUACCUUUCUCCUCACUAUUUGUUUUUUAUUCGAUCUAUUCGACUAAAGGCUUAUGAGC